AUGGAAACUCCAUCGGAUCAAGCCUACAAGCACAUCAUCCCCCUUGACUUUAACUCAGUGAAGUCGGUGCCUGACUCGUUUGUAUGGCUUCAAUCCGAUGUCGUUCAAUCCGAUGAUGGGUUAUCUGUACCUGUUAUUGACCUCAUGGAUUCAAAUGCUCCCAAACUCAUAGUUGAGGCAUGUGAGACAUGGGGUAUUUUCCAAUUGAAAAGCCAUGGCAUUCCAACAAAGAUUAUAGAGGACAUCGAGUCUGAGGCUCGAAAGUUGUUUGACCUCCCCAUCGACCAAAAACUGAAGGCUGUACGAUCUCCGGAUGGGGUGAGCGGAUACGGAAUCGUCCCAAUGCAGUCCUUGUUUUCCACCUUUAUGUGGCAUGAAGGACUCACCAUCCUUGGCUCUGCAAUUGAUCAGGCGAAGGUGCUGUGGCCUGAUGACUAUAAACAAUUUUGUGACACAAUAGAUGAUUACAAGAGUCAAAUGACGGCAUUAGCCGAGAAACUAAUGCGCAUCCUCUUCAAAGCCUUGAGCAUUCCUGCGGAAGAAUUCAACUGGUUUGACGAUCCGAACAACAGCAGUGGCUGCAACUUGGCUUUACAGUUGAACUCUUACCCUCCAUGCCCGGAACCGACCAGGACCUUGGGUCUAGCCCCGCACACAGACACCUCCAUUGUAACCAUACUCCGAGCUAAAACCAGCGGUCUGCAAGUCUUCAAAGACAGAGUUGGGUGGAUUCAGGUGAAACCAGAACCCGAUGCGCUCAUCGUGAACCUUGGCGAUUUCGUUCGUAUUCUCUCCAAUGAUCGAUUCAUCAGUGUUCUUCAUCGUGUGGUAGUGAAACCGAUCCAACGUUACUCAAUAGGAUACUUCUUUAGGCCUCCGAUGGACUUUGUUAUGUCACCACUUAUGUCUAAGGAUUUGGGUCCAGGAAAAGCUCCUCGCUAUCGUUCAAUCAUAGUAAAGGAGUAUCUUGCUCUGAAGGCCAAGCAUCUUGAGAAAACAUUUUCUCUCAUCGAAAACUUGGUUAUGGCUACACGGCCUACACCACCAGAUCAAGAAGCCUACAUGCAUGUUAUCCCCCUCGACUUUGCCUCAGUCAAGACAUUGCCAGACUCAUUCGUGUGGCCUGAAUCGUAUGAGGUCUACUCCGGUAUACACCAGCCGUCUAUUCCGGUAAUCGACCUCAUGGAUCCGAAUGCCACAGAACUCAUUAUCCAGGCAUGUGAGACAUGGGGAGUUUUCCAGUUGACAGGUCAUCGGAUUCCUAAACAGCUCGUAGAGAAUGUGGAGUCUGAGGCUUAUAUGUUGUUUGCUCUCCCAGCUGGGCAAAAGUUAAAGACAUUGCGGACUCCCGGCGGGCCCAGUACUGGUUACGGUAACCCGCCGUCUCAGGCCUUGCUUCCCCGGAAACUUUGGCAUGAAGGGUUUACCAUCAUGGGGUCUCCAGUUGAACGGGCUAAGGUGCUUUGGCCUCAUGACUAUCAAGGGUUUUGUGAUACAAUGGAUGAUUACCAGAAGGAAGUAAAGACCUUAGUAGAUCAACUAAUCCGCAUCAUCUUCAAAUUCUUGAGCAUUUCAGAAGAAGAAGUGAAUUGGUUUGAUGAUCCAACUACUAUGUGCAAUGCUGCUUUACAAUUAAAUUCUUAUCCUCCUUGCCCUGACCCGACUCGAGCUGUAGGUCUAGCACCACACUCUGACAGUUCCUUAUUUACCAUACUCCACUCCCGGACCGAGGGUCUUCAGAUCUUUAAAGAAGGAGUUGGGUGGAUUAUUGUGCAGCCAAAUCCUGAUGCCCUCAUUGUGAAUCUUGGUGAUUUCCUCCACAUUCUCUCCAACGGUAGAUUCGUUAGUGUUCUUCAUAGAGCGGCGGUGAACCAAAAGUACCAUCGGAUCUCUGUCGCCUACCUCUGUUGGCCUCCAAUGGACUUCACAGUCACCCCAAUCCUCUCUAAGGCCUUGGCUGACUCCGGACAAGCUCCUAAGUAUCGUCCGGUCACAUUGAAGGAGUACCGUGGUUUAAAGGCUAAGCAUUUUCAAGAGGCUAUUUCAAUUGUUAAAACUUAGAACUUUACAAUUCUAACAAAUUUCAUCGUUGUUGGGUUUCAACUUUCAAGGAGUGUCAGUUCUUUCUUUCGGAAAUGUAAGGGUCCUGUGCCAUUUCAAAAGGCAAUAAACUGAAUAAAGAGC